UCUCGAUCUAGUAUUUUAAAACACCCCGGGGUUAAGCCAUCAAAUAUACACACAUUCCACAACGUUCCUGAAUUAGAAUUAUUUUUAUUUGAAUCGAAACGCCGUCGACACUCACGCCUGCGCAGUAGGACCAUCGCUACUGUCCCUUUAAGAGAGAAACACGUGGUAUACGUAAACAUCCGCUCUCUAUGGAGGCCGACGGACUGAUCACACCCACGGAAGAUGUCUCCACGGUUUUCCAAGCUGACAAACUGGCCGCCAAAUACGAUGAGCUGAGGCAGCAGUUUUCGUCGCUGCGACGUGUGCGAGGAGACGGCAACUGUUUCUACCGAGCCUGCUGCUUCGCCUACCUGGAGUCCAUCCUGCAUGACAGCAGAGCGCUGCAGAGGUUCAAAGACAGAAUCGUCUGCAGCGCUGCCACCUUGUUGCUGGCCGGUUUCGAAGAAAGCUCUUUCAAAAAGCACCUCAACACCCUGGUCCACGUGGUGGAGCAGUGCCAGACCGACCGACAGGAAGCGGUUCUGUUCCAGCUCUUCAACGACAAGAAGACCUCGGACAGCGUGGUCCAGUUCCUGCGGCUGCUGACGUCAGCUCACCUGCAGAACCACGCCGACGACUUCUGCAACUUCGUGGAGGCUCCCAGCCUCCAGGUCUACUGCCGACAGGAGGUGGAGGUCAUGGCGAUGACGUGCGACCACGUGGACAUCCUGGCGCUCACACAGGCGCUGGACUUCUGCAUCCACAUCGUGUCCAUGGAGGCCGGCGGGCAGAAGCUGCUCCACCACUGCGUCCCAGAGGACGGUCAGCCGGCCCUGCACCUCCUCUACCAGACGUCCCACUACAACAUCCUCUACCCGAAAUCCCCCACCUGACCUCUCUCUGGACACAAACACUGAGUAAAGACUCCAAAAAGGCUUGUUUUUAUGUCAAACUUGAUCACCAUAAACAACAUUCUGUUUCUUAAAUACAC